AUGGGUCCAUCGUUCAACAAGAUUGCAUCCUACUUUCCCAGAAAAGAGGAGAUUCGUGUACUUAUGUUGGGUCUCGACGCAGCUGGUAAAACUACUGCUCUCUAUGUCAUGAAACUAGGUGAAGUCGUGACAACGAUUCCUACAAUCGGUUUUAAUCUUGAAACAGUUGAAUUUAAAAAUAUUACAAUGACAGCUUGGGAUGUGGGUGGCCGUGACAAAAUUCGACCCCUAUGGCGACACUACUAUCAAAAUACCGGUGCUGUCGUUUUUGUGGUUGAUUCAAAUGAUCGAGAUCGAGUGAAUGAUGCAUCACAAGAACUGCAAUUGAUAGUCAAUGAGGAUCAACUUCGAAACAAACCCGUUCUCAUCUUGGCUAAUAAACAGGACCUACCGAAUGCGAUGUCAAUUGAUGAAUUACGCGAUAAACUUGCCUUGGACAAAAUAAUUGGUGACAGGAAAUGGCAUAUACAAGCAACAGUUGUCACAAAAAAUCAAGGUCUUCGAGAAGGCUUUGAAUGGCUAGCAGGCGCAUUAGUGGCCAAUAAUGCUGAUAUUUUGCAACCACUGAUAGAAACAGCAAAUGAUUCGAAUGUAAUGAAAGACAAUAUUCUCUCCAUACUUCGUCCGAUCAAUUGA